CCUCGCUUGAUAAAUUACGUAAUAUUCUUCUGACAGUCGCAGACGCGAGUGUUUCCUCGAUACGAAAAGUGUCAGUAGAUCAGAAGUUUUGCGAUUAUUAUUACGAUGGCGGAACCACCAAAUUGUUCCGAUAAUUCUCCGCUUAAGUUAACAAGUGAGCAAAAGGAGUACGCAGCGAAGGUUUUAAAUGAAUCUGACGAAGAUAGAGAAAACGCUAUCUCGGAGAUUAAGCGAUGGAUUCAAGAGAGUGAUUUGCGCGCACGAACUGAUGACUUCACCAUUUUGCGAUUUUUGAGAGUCUGCAAAUUUAAUAUCGAGAAAACUAAAACAAAAAUGCAAAAUUAUCAAAUGCAACGAGCUAAAUUACCAGAAUGGUAUGCAAAUCGAGAUCCACUACAACCGAAAUUACAGGAAUUGCUUGAUUUGGGUAUUUGUUUACCCUUGCGAAAAUUGGACGAUCAAGGAAGAUUGGUAAUCAUCGUUCGUCUUGUGCAUGACCCACACAUAAUUACAGUAGCAGAAGCAGUUAAGGUCUCAUCUGUAGUCGUAGAUCUAGUCUUAAGAGACAGCAUUGAAGCAUCCUUGUACGGUUUCGUAGUAAUUAUAGAUUUAGGCGAUGCAACUUUGCGCCACGUCGCUCAAUUAACACCUUCCGUUGUAAUGAACGUGAUUCACGCGUGGCAGGGUUGCUACCCCGUAAGAAUACAAUUGCUCAACUAUAUCAACGUGCCGGGAUAUGCUAAAUUAUUUCUGGAACUUACCAAAUAUUUUUUGAAUAAAAAACUGAGGGAAAGAUUUCAUUUCUAUUCGCGCCAGACGGCGCAUGAAUGUUUCAAAGAUAUGCCAGUUAAUAUUUUGCCGGUCGAAUAUGGCGGAACUGAUGGUACAAUUCAAGACUUAAUAGAAUAUUGGAAGAAAGUAAUUGAAGAGAAUCGCGAAUGGGUUAUCGAUGAUGAAAAAUAUAAACCAAUUUUGAAGUAGUCAUCAAAAUGGAAUGGAAUAAACUAAAAUAUUUAUAUACACAUUACUAUGUUUUAACGCACACCGCAAAAAUAUAUUUUGAUAUUUUGGAAAACAGGAAGUAACGGAGAAUAUAAUUAAGAAAUGUAGAAUUAAUGUGCUUAAAAUAAAUUAAUAUCUU